UAAGUGUCGUGUAUUGCACAAUAUUUAGUUUUGUUGUGAAAAUACUGUGGGGAAGUUUAAAUCAUCAACAGCCAUAAUUGGAUCUACAUGAUUGUAGAAUUUAUAACAUGUGCCUAUAAUUAUUGUCUGCAUCUGAACAGUGAAGUUUAAAAAGAUUAAAUAACAAAAUCAAGAUUUUGUAAGAGAUAAAGUAAGAAUAAGGACGAUAUUCUAGAAUAUUCCAUGUUGAGGAAUAUGAUUGUUUGGUGACAAUUUUCUUCAGGAAGUGACGGAAAUAAAAUUGAAUCCCAAUGGUUGAAACUGCUUCUGAUCGGCCUUGUUGCAGCUUCUCUAGGACUGUCUGCAAUUCUCCUAUCUCAGAUUUUACGAUUCUUCACCUGCGGGGACCGAUGUCUCAGCUCUGCACGUCUGACCAUUUCUCUAUCAACCUGGCAGAAUUCUACAGCAGCAAUAAUCUAAUGCUAACGGAACAUAGUAAUUGUUUAAAGUUACUGUUGAAGAUUGACCUCAGAAAUCUGAGGUUGGAAAAUAGUCUUUUAAAUCAGAAAUGUUAUGAGGCUGAAAGUGUAGUUAAUGUAAGCAGAUUGUCUUUAUUAAAGGUUUUAGUGUUUUUAACGUGUCAUAGUAAGUUGUUGGUUGUCCUGAUUGUUUGUCUGCAAACUGUUAACCAGAUCCUGCUCAUUAUCAAAGAAUGCCGGUCGACGAAUUGUACAAGAAAAAUGAAAGCAAACGACGAAAUGGCUCGGUUGCCAGUGUUGGUAGUGUCAGCAGUAGCAGCAGCAUCAGUAGCAGCAGUGACAUUGUCUCAGAAGAUGCACUGUCAUAUCUUAUGCCACCACCACCGGAUGGUGGUUACGGUUGGAUAAUUGUUGUUACUGCAUUCACUAUCAACUUGAUUUGCGAUGGUAUAGGAUUUUCCUUUGGAAUUAUGUACAGUGAGCUCUUGGAUUACUUUGGCGAGAGUAAGAGCUUCACAUCAUGGGUAGGCUCGUUGUUUUAUGGGUCUUGCCUUAUUGGUGGGCCAUUGGCUAGUGCUCUUGCCACCAAGUUUGGUUGCCGACGAGUGUUGAUGGGCGGUGGUAUUGUGGCUGCAACGGGAACCUUUGUCAGUGCGUUUGCCUCGAGCAUUGGUAUGUUGUGUUUAACAUUCGGUGUCAUCACUGGUCUUGGUAUGUCAAUGGGGUAUGUUACCUCACUAGUUAUGGUUGCAUUUUAUUUUGAGGAUAGAAGAGCAAUGGCUACUGGGUUAGCUGUGUGUGGUUCUGGUAUAGGAACAUUUGUAUUUGCACCUUUGACUGAAUUCUUGAUUGGACUUUAUGGUUGGAGAGGGACAAUGAUUAUUUGGAGUGGUAUAAUGUUGCAUUUAGUGGUUUGUGGAUCGCUUUUGCGACCAUUGGAGUUUUCUGUUGAGGAAAAGAAACAAAGAGCUUUGAUGAAAUUUGAACGUAUUUCCAGAACAACGUCUUUUGCAAGUUUUUCAAAUGCUGCCAGAAACUUGAGUCGACAUGGUAGCCAUACAGAGGGUUUGGAAAAUGAGGAAUUGAAGUUUGAAGAAGGCAAUUUAGACGCAUGUUGUCAUUCACAAAUCGAGAUUCCAACUUUUAUCAAGGAUAACAAAAUUGACAUUCCGAUUGAAAUUUUAAAGGAGGCACAAAACAAUAGGGCGGUUCUGCAAGAUUACCUGAAGACAGCUUUACAGACUGUUGGAAGUCCAGAUAGUCACACCAAUGAUAUCAUGAAAGACUUUCAGAGCAAUGAAAACAUUAAAUUUGAGAGCAAUGAAAACACUCAAUUUGAGAGCAAUGAAAACAUUAAAUUUGAUACAGCAGUUACAGUAAUAGAUGAGGAUGCCAUUGUAAAACUAGAAUCUAACCAUGAGGUGCGACUCGAUCAAGAGCCAAUUGCAAGUUGCUUGAAAAAGUCCCAUCACAGGUCAAGCUCGAAAGAACGUAAACACUCACCCAAACCCAGGAGGCAAGUCCAUAUGAGCACAUACCUACCUCUGUAUAGAAGAGGUUUGUUCUUGAGGGGUAACCUGGCCAAGUUCACCAGAAAUGCUGGCCGGGUGAAAUCAAAUAGUUGCCCGGAGCUGUCACGCAGAUUUGAUGAGAGUGAAAGUGAUUCUGAUGAUGAAUGGGAAUGUAUUUGGAGGUACCUACAUUUCAGCAAACAGAUGAAACGUGUGCUGAAAACUAUGUUCGAUCCAUCAAUUCUGUUGCACCCUCUGUAUGUGAUAUUUGCAAUAUCAAACUUCAUUUUGUAUUUCUGGUAUGACGUUCCUUAUAUUUUCAUUGUCGACCGAGCUGUUGAACUUGGCAUGGAAGAAAAAAGGGCAUCCCUUCUCAUCUCUGUACUUGGCAUCGUCAACACUUUUGGCCAGAUAACGUAUGGUUUUAUGGGAGACAAGAACAUUAACCUGAGUGUUUUGUAUGGCUGUUCACUGAUGUCAUGUGGGGUGGCGAUCCUGAUUGUUCCUUUCUUCACAGAGUUUGCACCACUGGCUGUGGCCUCUGCUUUGUUUGGGUUUUUCAUAAGUGCCAAUUACUCCCUCAGCACAGUGAUCCUGGUGGAAUACCUGGGCAUUGACAAGCUGUCCAAUGCCUAUGGACUCACCAUGCUGGUGCAGGGUAUUGCAAACCUGAUUGGCCCUCCUUUGGCAGCACUUUUCCACGACUCCUUUCACUCAUAUGACCUGACGUUCUUUGUGGGAGGCGGGUUUAUAGUGCUAGCGGGCAACCUGCUGUUGAUUGUACCCAUCAUGAGGAAGUGCCGGUCCCAGCUGCGGUUCGAUGAGGCGACACGCGUGUGCACACUCUAUAACGCCCAGUUGAGCAUCCGUGCCGAGGAGGACGAAUCAGACACUAAAGAGUUGGAACAGGUCGCUAAUGGCAACGGUUCAGUACACUCAGCACUGCUUGUUGAUAAACAUACUACAUUCAACGAUACUGCAGUGUAAACAAUGUGUAUAUUGUUUGAUGUACAUUAAAUAAAUGUUUCAAUUACAUGCAGAUUUGUGAUUAAUAUUUAUAUGACAUAAAACUUAUGUCAUAUUUCUGUUGUUUACUUACUAAGGCUUUAUUAUUAAGUACAGAGUGGUUAAUUGCACAGGAUUUGUUGUUUAUACAUAUAUUGUUGAUUUUCAUCUUAUUUAAGGCUAAAUUAUUAAAAGAGAAGCUAUAUGAUUAGAAGUUAAAUUAAGUAUUAUCAAAUCACUUUCAGUGAAAAAAGUCAAGCUUUUUUGUGAGCUAUUAAUGAAUAAAGGCAUGUCAUGCUGGUCUGGGUCUGCGCUGGCUGAAAAUAGCAUAGGACUCAUGAUUGUAUGAUGGGGCUUAAUUUAUACAUGCAAAAUUAUCUAUACCAAGUGACGGUAAUUUCUAAUAUUUUUGCACUGAUCAAUUAUAUGCUGUAAAUGAUCCUUUAUCUUACAAACAAACAAGUUUUCAGUAGAAUAUACAUCAUAAAUGUAAUUAGAACUUGACUUCUUUUUAAAUGUUUUGUAUUAAUUUCUAUAGUUCACAGAAUAAUUGCAAAUGUAGUAUGAAAAUUGUUAGGAGUUAUUAUUGUUCUUAUGAUUGUCAAAUUUUUAUUCAUGAUUUUGAUGCUUGCAUAAUAGGUUUAAAUUGAUUGUCUCAAAGUCAAAUAAUAUGCGUAGUACAUAGAUAUAUGAUGGAACAGUCUAUGUGGUACUUUUGUUGCUGUUGAUACUAUGGCUAGUAGUUCUUGCACAUACAAAGCUCGUUUUUGUGAUCAUUGUUAUGUUCAUACAAACUAUGAGAGAUGAACGCAAAUUAAAUAUGAUGAAAUUAUUUGCAAUAUCGUAUGUUAAUUUAAGCGUAUGCGUUACAAUUACUCCAUCUUCAUAUCUGUGUCAUAUUCGUACUGAUGAAUACAUAAUAUUUUUUUCACAUGUAUGAUUCAGAUGAAAAGUUUAUUUUUAUUCUCCUUGCCUAUGUUUUUAUAUUUUACUUAUCUGUAAUUGCUUUUUCUUAAAUGUACAAUAACAAUUCCAUAUCCACUUUGAAACUUGUGAAAUGGGAUUUGUUUGAUAGUAUCUCAUUUUGAAUAUUUCUUAAUGUACACAUAUACACAGAUGUUUUUGCAAGUCAUUUCAUGUCAUAUAUUAUUUACAACCAGUCAAAAUGGAUCUCAUCUUUCAAAAAUAUUUAGUUGUAUGACUAAAUACAGUGUUUAGUUUGAUGGUGUAGAAAUUGCAAGAUUGUCUUAAUAUUUGGCUUGUGUUCUGUAUUGGUACCUGCAAAUGUUUUUAUAUAAGUAGCCUGUUUAUGUAAAAACUAACUGUCACUUUGUAGUUUAUGCCAUUUACUAUUGUUUACCAUAGCAUUAUUUUGUUUUCAUUUUUGCCAGUAUAUUGUUAUUUUUAUUCCAAUAACUAACCAAAGUUACUGUAUUCGGAACAUAUUUUAAUCAUUUAUUUAUUUUAGUGUUUAAGUUAAGCAGAAAUUAUAAUUGUUCAAUUGUUUUGUCAUUGUUAAUUUUUUCUGGACAUCUUUCUCUUAUUAAUUGAUUAAUUUUAAGAUGCGUUCUUAUGCAUGAAUAUAAGUGAAGAUUUGACAGAAAGUUCAGAUGUUUGUACAUCUUAAAGCAAAAUGUGUUGUUCUCUAAUUGUGUUUUGAUUGGCUUGCUUUUAGUGUUUUUAUGGUCCCGAAGGAGGGCAUAUAGUGAUCGGACCGUCCGUCUGUCUGCCUGUCUGUCCUUCUGUCACACUUUGCGUUUAGGUUUCGAAAAAUGCUCAUAACUUCAAUGUCCCUUCACAUAGCAACUUGAUAUUUGGCAUGAAUGUGUAUCUCAUGGAGCUACACAUUUUGAGCGGUGAAAGGUCAUCCUUCAAGGUCAAAUAUAUGGCUUCAAAGCGGCGCAGAAGGGGGCAUUGUGUUUCUGAAAAUCACAUCUCUUGUUAAGUAUAUGUUAACAUUUCUCUUGUACUUAAAUGCUUUUAUCCAUGGUUUAAAUUUUAUUUUAAAAAUUGGUCUCACUGGAAACAUAAUUUUGUCAAUUAGUGAUUGCUUGAUUGAAAUGUUUAUCUAUAUUUUGCAGACAUAUGAAUUCUUGAUUAAUUGUAUGUCAAUGCUGUAUUGUUCCAUAAUAAAACUUGAUAUCAUUUGCUAGUCCCUUAAAAAGCCAGGUACUUAAUAGCAUAUAUUCAGAUUUGUGUUGUUGAUCUGUACUCUUGUUUUCAAUUUUCUCUCUCAUUUCUUUGUUUUGUUACAGUGUCUACCUUAAGUUUUUAUGGGAAUGUUUUUGUCACUGACAUUUGACAAUAUAUUGAUAUUUUUAACUGUAUUUAUAUAAAUGUUGAUAUUUUCACAAUGAUUAACAUUCAUGUCGUAUGAUUAACAUUCAUGUCGUCCCUUGCCACUCUGAAUUACUUUGUAAAGACAUGCACACACACUUUUUAAUUCAAUAAGUAAUGUGUAUUAAGAUUUAAUUUAAAAUAUGCUAUUGUUUAUUGUUGCAUUUUUCCUGUUUUUAUUGUGAUAAUGUUUAAAAGCAUACAGUGUAUGCUGUUAAUUGAUAUAUGAUCGUUGAUGUUUAUGAUAUGUUGUUCAUGAGAUGAUGAUGAUUAUACAAUUAUUUUUUAGCUCACCUGAGCACAAAGUUUCCAUGGUGAGCUAUUGUGAUCACGCUAGGUCCGGCAUCCAUGGUCAUUCGGUGUGCGUCUUAAUUUGUUUGUUUGUUAUCUUGGUCAUGAGCAUCGAAAAAACUAGGUCAGCAUGUCACAUGUUAAAAAAUUCUUUUCAUCACUUUAGAGGUCACAUUGAUGACUCAGUGUUGAUGAAGUCAGAAUGUUAUCUUGACAAUAUGUACGGAAGUUCAAAUCUGAGUCAUCUUGGUUUAAAAACUAGGUCACCUGGUCAAAUUAAAAUACAUUCAACCAGUCUAGAAUCAACUUUAAUGAUUAUUCAAGCUUGAUGAAACUUGAUAAGAAUGUUUAUUGUGACAAUAUAUAGGAUAAGUUUGCGUCAUGUACCUUCAAAAAACUAUGUCAUCUGGUCAGACCUAUCAGGGGGCUACAUUUUAUGCUUCAGUCUUGAUGAAACUUGUUCAGAAUGUUUAUCUCUGAAAUAUAAAAAACAUGUUUGAAUCUGAGUCAAAACUAGAUCACCUGGUCAAGUCUUCAACAUAUUGUUUCGUUGAAAUCAGGUGAGCCUUAAGGGCAUCAUGGCCCUUAUGUCCUUGUUUGCAACAGACCCUUUCUUGAGGUAGCACUCUUUUAAUGACAAAAGCAAUAGCAUAUUCUCCACAAUGUUUACAGGUGAUAUGUGUUCAGUUCUGGCAAUACAGAUUCAUAUUAUAGUUGUUUCAUACACAAGCUUCUGGGCUCAUUUCAUACACAAGCUUCUAGCCUCAAAGAGUCAAUAUUGGAAUGAUAUACUUAAUGCCUUUUAACUAAUGACAUGGUCGGUACUGAACCAGUGGGUUGCAACUAACAAAUGGUUACAGGCCUACAAUUUGAAAGAUCUGUUUACUGAGAAAAUGUGCAUUAACAGGAUACACAUAAAGGUUAUGUUAAAUUUUGUCAUUUUAUAUUUUACACAAUUAAGAUGCCAUGAAUGUUGUCAGCUUUUAGAGGGACCUAUGUUGUCAUUGUCAGUGUUCAUAUUUUUGUUUUUGAAGUUUAUUUAUACAUAUUUAAAAUUCUACAAUUGAAUUUUUGUGUGAAAUCACAUGUAAAAUUAAUGAGAUGUUUUAAGAUUUACUGAAAGCAUUAACUGUCAGUUUUAUAAGAUCACGUGUAAAGAAACGAACUGAAAUCCAUUAGAAAUACAUGGGAUUUUUUUUACUAGUACAUGUAUAAGAAGUUAUUUACUUCAUCAAAUGGUGAAAAAAACUUAAUCUGGUACGAGCAUUUAUGUAUUUUUAAAAUUAAAUGUUUACUUUGAUGACAUACUGCUAAAUUGUAGACUUAAAAUUAAGUCAACUAGGCUUUGUUUUUCUUUUAGAUAUGUCUGAGAAUGUAAAUAAGUUAAAAUGAAAUAAUGAAAUAGUUCAAAACACUACGCAAAACUAUAAAACAUGGCGGCUUUUGGUUAAUUGCUAUGCAAUUUAAGGUAAUGUUCCGAAAGCAUGCACAUUUGGUCAUGGCAUUCAAAUAACCAGUGCGAUAUGAGAUAAAUCUUUGAUAAAAAAUCUUGUCUUGAAACAUUACUAAAUAAGAAUAAAGACUUUGAAUUUA